UAUAUCAAAAUAUAUUGGGAUUUAAUAAAUUCCAUCUUUUAAGUAUCAGGUUCGCCGGCAAGAUCAUCCGUGUAAUUUAAAAUGGUAUGAAAUAUUGCCCAAGCGACCAAACGGAUAAUGGGAUAGCUUUCGAAAUCUGGGGAAGUUUUGGCUAUUGCCAUAAUGUUCUGUUUCCCGCAUGUCCUUUCUCGCUGUCCCGCGAAUAGAUAAUUUUGAAUUCAUCCAUAAGUAUCACGACAUUCCCGAUUGGGCAAUGUCCUCCUCCAACCCGUGAGUUCAUAUAAAGGCAGGGCGACUUCCGUAUGUUAGAAUACGUCUUUCCAAAUUCUCCUCCGCAGGUCAGGUUCUUUGUACAUUCCUUGUGGAUUUCUGGAAAGUUAGCAAUAUGCGGCUUUCGAGUUUAUUUUGUGGCAUUAUCGCCAUUGCUUCUUACGGUCGGUUUUUUCCCACAAGUAUCAUGUUCAGGCAUGUUCUAACAUGCUCUAGCUGUUUUCGAAGUAUCAAGUCAAGAUUUUGCCGCUCAUGGCUAUUACACCGAGCCUAAUACAGGCAUUACAUUCUAUACAAGCACUGAAGGUAAUGGGACAAUCGUGGGCGAUGGAGAAUUCUCGUUAGUUUCACAAGGAGGCUACACCUUCGGAAUGGCAUUGCCCCCAAGUGCAUUGACUACAGACUCUUAUGAUUAUAUUGGAUUAAUUGUGAGUUGCAUUCAUCUCUACAUAUGAAAAUAGCUAAUUAAACAAGAUCGGCUCACUUCCUAAUGGUACAGGAUGGAGUGGUGUCGUUCACGGUCAACAACUUAGUGCUUCAAUGCCAGGACAUUUGCUACUAAUCGCUUGGCCUUACAAUGGUCAAAUAAUAACCUCCUUUCGUUAUGGGUAAAUAUCUUCGUUCCUUCUAUAUUUGAAACGGUUAUAUUUGUGAGCUGACAGAUAUCGAAUAGGUCUUACUCUACACCUGUACUAUAUGGAGGAUCUGCGAGCGUGACACAACUCUACUCCUCUAUUAAUUCUACACACUGGGUCCUCGUCUAUAAAUGCACCAAUUGCUUAAAAUUCGAUGACCCAACUCAGACAGAAUAUAAUGUUAGCACAUCGGCAGGUGGCUUUGAGUAUGGAUGGGCUCAAAACAUUGGAGCUCCAGAUAACCCUUCUGAUCCUGCUAAUGCGGUCAUAUAUCGUAAGAUCUUUGAACAAUUUUGUUAUUCCUUGAGCUUAACCUCGCUUUUUGUGUGUAUUUAGUGCCACACUGAGUCUUUCUUUUACUUGUUCUAUUCUAUCAUCAACAUUCUAACGACAACAGAGCACAAUAACGGCAUGGGAGAAUUUUCUAUCAAAGUAGCUUCUGCAACCCAGUCCUCUUAUUCAAAAUGGGCUACCAUGACUGCCACGAUCACAGCGACUACUGGUACAGCCACUGCCACUGCUACUUAUUCCACAUCUCCAAUUCCAACUGCGACAUCCUAUGAUUAUAUCGUUGUUGGUGGAGGGGUACGUAUAACUACUUUCCUAUGGUCAUUUAUUGUCACGGAAAGGGAUAUCAUAGGAUCUCACUUCUUUAUGGGCUUCUAGACUCUCCUCUCAAGUCUUGAUUGAUUUUUUACUUUUGAUAUUGAGAAAUAAAGUACUAAGAUUUCAUUUCUCUAGGCUGGAGGAGUUCCGAUGGCAGAUAAACUCGCCCAAAGUGGAAAGUCUGUGCUCUUGAUAGAAAAAGGGGUUGCUUCUUCGGCUAGAUGGGGUGGAAGUAAGUAAUAUAUUAACCAUAAAAUGCACUCACUAACAAUGUCUAGCGAUUCGACCUGAAAGUGGUUGGCUUUCUGGAAGUAAUCUCACUUGGUUUGAUAUUCCAGGAGAAUGUAACAGAAUUUGGCAUGGUGGAAGUUCUGGUGUCGCUUGUGAUGAUGUCGAUCAAAUGGCUGGAUGCGUCUUGGGUGGAGGUACUGCUGUUAAUGCAGGCCUAUGGUGGAAUCCAGAUCCAUCAGAUUGGGAUUACAAUUUUCCUCCCGGGUGGCAAUCAAAAGAUGUAGCAGCGGCUACCUCGAGAGUCUUCAGCACAAUUCCCGGCACCGAUCAUCCUUCGAUGGAUGGUAAAUUAUACCUUCAAUCAGGGUACAACAUCGUCGCAGGUGGUCUCAAAAAUGCUGGAUGGACAAAUGUCACUGCGAACAAUGUACCGGCCCAAAAGAAUCGAACAUUUGCCUAUGCGCCAUACAUGUAUAUCAAUGGAGAGCGUGGCGGUCCACUAGCAACUUAUUUGGUGGAUGCGAACAAACGCGCAAACUUCCAUAUGUGGCUUAACACUAGUGUGAAGAAAAUCAUUCGUGAUGGAGGGCAUGCAACAGGUCUAUUGGUUGAAGCUACAAAUAAUGGAGGUCGACAAGGCGUCGUUAAUCUGACUGCAAUCACAGGUCGAGUAAUAGUGGCAGCAGGUGCUUUUGGAACCCCCAAACUCCUUUUCAGAAGUGGAAUAGGUCCCACAGAUCAACUAAAUGUAGUUCUUUCCUCCACGGACGGCCCAACAAUGAUUAACUCAAGCUACUGGAAUAAUCUCCCUGUUGGCUAUAACCUCGACGAUCAUCUUAACACUGAUACACAAAUCUCUCAUCCUAAUAUAUCCUACUAUGAUUGGGUAGCAGCAUGGAAUACCCCGAUCACUACAGACGCCUCCUCCUACCUGACCAAACGCACUGGACCCCUUGCCCAAGCAGCCCCAGAUAUAGGUCCCAUGUUCUGGGAGCAAAUCACACCCGGCGAUGGCAUUCCCCGCGCUAUUCAAUGGACCUCACGAGUCGAAGGUGAUACACCCAAUGCUAUGACCCUCUCUUCCUACCUCGGACGCGGUCAAGUAGGUCCUCGAGGACGAACAACAAUAAGUAAAGGUCUCACCAUGUCCGUCUCUACCAUGCCAUGGGGAAACAAAUAUGAUCUUGAUGCAGUCGCUACAGCUAUUGACCAUAUGGUCGCAGCUCUAUCUACGGUUAAAAAUAUAACUUUUAUUUAUCCCCCGCCUGGAAUGACAGGUGCGCAAUAUGUGGCCAGUGUACCACUUGCGUAUGGGAAUAUUGGAGCAAGACGUUCAAAUCAUUGGUUAGGAACUGCAAAAAUGGGAACGGAUUCGGGAUUACUUGGUGGGACUUCAGUGGUUGAUUUAAAUGCACUUGUUUACGGAACUGAUAAUAUUCAUGUUGUUGGUAUGUAUUUUCUUCUAAAAUUUCAUUACUUCCUUCAAGCACUCAUCACUUCAUUUUCACAUCGAAUAAUUAUAUACUAAUAAUCAUAGAUGCAUCCAUCUUCCCGGGUAUGCCCUCUACUAACCCUAGUUCCCUAAUCGUCAUAGCGGCCGAACAUGCAAGUCAGAAAAUCCUCGCCCUACCUACUUUGAAAGCAUUACCUCAAUUUGCACAAUGUGGAGGUUCGUAUUUUGACUUCACAGCUGGAGGUGCUUGUGCUGCGCCUUAUAAGUGUACAGUGGGAAAUUCAUAUUAUUGGCAGGUAUGUAUUUUAUGAUUUAAUUAUGUGGAGUUUUCUGGGGUUAUUGUAUGGUUGUAUGGUUGUAGGAUUUGGGCUAAUGUGAUUUUGUAGUGUUUGUGAGGUGAUUAGAGAGGAAGAUGUGGGAAUGGAUGGGAUGGAUGAAAGGAUGUACAUACAUAAAAAAAACGAAUACAGAAUCAGAGAUAGUAUACGGAACUUCGUAGUCGUGCUUCUAUUCUAUCACAUUGUA